AUGUCAAUUCAAGCAUUAUUAAAUUCAUUGAAAGUAAUUAGUAAACGAUAUGGUGAAGAUAAUAUCGAUCGUUUACAUUACUUUCUAACUGCAAAUUUACUAGUAGCAGUAAGUACAAUAACAGCUUGGAAAAUGUUUGAUGGUAAAGCAAUCGAAUGUAUGCCACCGACAACUUUCCCUAAUUCAUGGGUUACGGUACAUUGGCAUAUUUCCGCCCGAUUUAUCGUACAGUUGCGCCUAGUUGAUACUAUCAUUAUUCUUCUUUAUUCAAUCAUUGCCAUAUUUUAUGUUUGCUAA